AUUUUUUUAGCUCUACAUGUAGUCUCCAUAUAAACGAAUAUGCAGUGAUGUCUAGUUCUAUGGAUAUUGUCCAGGAGUUUUCCAGUCAUUCAGGGUGUACUUUUAUUAAGCAAGUAACAAGUGUGUAUUACCUGAUAACUUGCCCAGAAAGCAAUGACAAAAUGAAUAUCGAAGAGAUUGCUGACCAGUUUAAGGAUAAGAUAAAAAGUAUAGAGUAUCAGGAUCUUCAUAAAAAUUAUCCGCGGACUGCUGAUCCCAUGUGGAAAGACAUGUGGAAUUUGAAGAAUGAAACCCAGCCUUCCAUGAAUGUUUUAGAAGCCUGGAAUAGAGGAUAUAAUGGCUCGGGUGUAAAUAUUGCGGUUAUCGAUGACGGGAUACAAAUGGAUCAUCCUGAUUUACAAAGAAAUAUCGAUGUUGUAAACAGCUAUGAUUAUAUUGGAAACGAUACGGAUCCCUUUCCAGCAAACAUAUCUGAUGAUCAUGGAACAAAAGUUGCUGGCAUAGUAGCGGCAGAAGCAAACAAUGAUGAAUGCAUAGUGGGAAUCGCCUUUAAUUCUACAAUCAUUGGAAUUAGGCUGUUAGGAGAUGAUGGAGUUACAGAUGUUACAGAGGCGUUAGCAUUGACUCAUAACAUGCAGGAUGUAGAUAUAUACGUCAACGCUUGGGGGCCUGCAGACCGAUAUGGUUACAGUACACCAGGUUCAGUCACUUAUUCUGCCUUUCUGGAUGGUGUCAGCUCUGGAAGGAAUGGAAAGGGAAAUAUAUUCCUUUGGGCAGCAGGGAAUGGCGGCAUAAGUGACAACUGCAACGCUGAUGGUUAUGUAAAUCAAAUAUUUACAAUUCCUAUUACAAGUGUUGGAGCUGACGGUGAUGCGGCUUCUUACUCUGAAGUGUGUGCCCCUGUGUUUGCCGCAACGUAUUCCGGGACCACACAAGAAUAUAAUUUGACGUCUACCACUACAGAAUCCAAGUGUGUUGAUGGAUUAAUAGGAACGUCAUUCUCUGUUCCACAAGCUGCUGGAAUAAUUGCCUUGGUGAUUCAAGCAAAUCCAUCUUUGACUUGGAGAGACAUGCAACAUCUUAUCGCGGAGACAAGCAAGAAACACAAUUUACAAAACCUACAAGGCGGAUAUUCCUCUUGGCAGAGAAACGGAGCUGGGUAUAACGUGAGUCAGAUUUUGGGCUUUGGCUUAAUGGAUGCAGAUGCUAUGGUAGCAAAAGCAAAGACCUGGGUGUCAGUUCCAGAGCAGAUUAUAUGCGCCACUGGAAAAUUCUCUAUUGAAAGAAGCACGGGACUUUCUUCUGGCGUUUUAAGCAAAAAGGAAAUCACGACACAAAAUUGUGCGAUAAACACCAUUGAACACGUCGAGGUCUUUGCCAAUUUUACAUAUUCCAGUAAUAGGGGUGAUGUACUCCUGUACCUAGACUCGCCUGCAGGGACUCGAUCCCAUUUAAUGACCCAUCGACCAGCUGAUUCAGCUAAAUACCCAUCUGCUGGUUCAUUGAGAUGGUAUUAUUCAUCGGUGCAUUUCUGGGGAGAGACAGUUGAUGGGACGUGGAUAUUAAGUAUUGACUCAAACAAUCGUUCUUCUGUUCAAGUGACUUUACACAGUUGGCGUUUAUACUUUUAUGGAUUCUAUAAAGAUAACUCAGGAGGCACGACAUCGACUACAGAGACAAGCACUAGUGUGGAUAAGGAGUCAAAAACCAGUUUGAAUACCAUAACAAUAGCAGUAAUAGCUACAGUAGGCGCUCUGGCUAUUAUAAUUAUCUUUUUCGUUCUUGUACGAAAAUACUGCUCAGAUAGAUCCACUCCAAUGGGAGGUCGAGUAGCACCGAUAACAGCGUGAUACAAGAUACUGUCACAGCUGUUAGUGUAUGAACAAAAAAUCAGGUUUAUUUCAGAAGUUACAGUGUACUCGUUGGAUUAUUAUCUUUGAUCUAUUAUAAGGAACCGAUAUUCUCUAAUCUUGCUUUAAAUUAAAACUCAUGUAUAUUCUGUCAUUUUCUUACAUAGGAUAUUGAUAUCUGAUUGUGGUUGACAAAUUACCAAAUAAUUAGAUCAUAAUACAUGUUAAAUAUAUUUUAUUCAACCACAGUACAGCAUUAAGUAUGAACUGUAUCUAAUUUUUUCUUUUACUUUUAUUAUGUUUCUAAAAUAGG